ACAAGUUCACAAACAUUCUCCCUUAGUUUUCUAAAAAUCAAAUGACUUUAUGAUAUUAAGCUUUGUGCUUGGGUCUAUAUUUCUACAGAUAGCAGGUUGUUUACAGUAGCUUACACUGGAGCGAUGCCACCCUUUCCCUGUCUAAGAACUGUUCGUCUCUGUUAAGUGCCUAUUGACCACGUGUGUUUGAUGUCCUGUUUUCUGCUGUGUUGUUUCAGUGUCGACUCUGUUGCUAGCACCAGGCUUUCAUUCCUGUUCACAUGAGGACAUGAGGCAUUAGAUCAGGCCUUGUGAUCUUUCUGAUUUUGACCUCUUCUUUCUCAGAAUAGUUUUUGACUAUCUAUUUUCUUUUUAAUUUUCAUAGUAGUUUUCAUAUAACUUGGUGCUAUGAUUUUUUUUCUAAAAGCAAACCCCUCUUAGGAAUAUGUUGCACAUAUACGUGUGUUCAGGAAUUGUUGACAUGAGCAAUAUGGAGUGUUCCAGUUCAUUAUGUGUUUAGAGCUGCCUUGAUUUCUUUCGUUUUAUUUAAAAAAUGUAACGUGUAUGAGUGUUUGGCCUGCAUAGAUAUCUAUGGAUCAUGUGCAUCCUAGUGCCCAUCAAGGUCAGGAAAGUUGUCAGAGUUCCUGAGCCUGGAAUUACAGAGGUUUGUGAGUUCUUAUAUUGGUGCUAGAAUUGAACCCAGGUUCUCUGAAAGACCAACAAGUGCUCUUAACUACUGAGCCAUCUUUCCUAUCUUUAUUUCUUUCUAACUUUAUAUGUAGUCUUUUUUGUUUUGCUGAUUAUGAGCAUCCUAUUUUUAGAUUUGUAAUUUUAUGUUUUUUUUUGGAAUUACUGUAAAGAACACUAGGAUACUAAUUUCCACUUGACAGGACAAUAUAACUUAUUUUACCAUGCUUAUGCCUUGUCCUGCAGCUUUGUAAACUCAUUUUUUACAUCCAGCAGUCUUUUAUUGUUUUGUUAGGAUUUUUAUGUAGAUAGAACCAUGUCAUCUGUGAAGAGAAACACUUUCACCUGUCUCUGAGAAGUGUAAACCUUCUUUUGUUCUUUAAGAAACUCAUUUUAUGUACAUGGCUGCUUGCCUGAACGUCUGUGCAUCAUAUGAAUGCCCAGUGCCUACAGAAGCUGGAAGACAGCAAUGAAUGCCCAGGAACUGGAGCUGUGCAUUGUAAAAUGCUUCAAGGAAAGAGUCUCAGAAUCAUCUCCUCCAAGUCUCAUGUUAAGCUUUACUGCUGCUAUGGAGUGAUCACGGUCCUCACUGUAGCUGUAGUUGCUCUUUCUGUGGCUUUGUCAGUAAGAAAGACAGAACAGAUCCCAAACAAAAAUAACACCUGUGCUCCUUGCCCAAGAAACUGGAUUGGAUUUGGAAAUAAAUGUUUUUAUUUUUCUGAACAAACAAGAAACUGGACAUUCGCCCAGGACUUCUGCAUGGCACAAGAAGCCCAAUUAGCUCGGUUUGACAAUGAGGAGGAGAUGAAUUUUCUUAGUAGAUACAGGGAGACUUCUAACUACUGGAUUGGCCUGCACAGAGAGUCAUCAAAGCACCCUUGGAUGUGGGCAGACAGCACCGAGUAUAACAACUUGGUUUCCAUCCGAGGAGAUGAAAAACAUUGCUACCUGAGUGACAAUGGGAUAAGCAGUAGCAGGAACUCCACAAAUAGGAAGUGGAUUUGUAGCAAGUCCAGCAACAAACCUCACAGUCAGGCCAGGAAAUCUACCAGCCGACCAUGACUUCUCUGGACUCUGCUGGGCAGGCGGACUCUGUCUGUGUCUCUGUCUCUUCUGUCUGUUUCUCUUUCUCUUUCUUUUUCUGUGUCUCUGUCUG